GUGAUGCAGAACAUGAUGUCCCUGGCAGCACCAGACCUCAGACUGCAGGGUCUGUUCCUGGCUAUCGUCUGGUUCACCAUGGCCUUCAGCUACCACGGACUGUCGGUGUGGUUCCCUGACAUGAUCAAGUACAUGCAGUAUGAGGAGUACGAGUCCAAGGUGAAACUCUUCCAUCGAGAACGAGUGGAGCGAUUCCACUUCAACUUCUCCCUGGUCAACCAGAUCCACAAAGAGGGAGAAUAUGUCCAUGACAAGUUCAUGGAUAUAGAGAUCAAGUCUGUGAAGUUUGAAGAUUCCCUGUUUGAGAACUGUUACUUUGAGGACGUCCGGUCGACCAACACGUACUUUGAGAACUGCACCAUCAAGAACACGGUCUUCUAUAACACAGACCUUUGGGAAGACUCUAAGUUUAUAGACUGUCGGAUGGAAAAUGCCACGUUUCUCCAUCCGAAGAAAGGCUGCCAUCUGAACUUCCAGGAGGAGAACGACAUCGUCAUCUACAUGGUCAGCUUCCUGGGGAGUCUAGCGACACUGCCAGGCAACAUCCUGUCAGCCCUCUUCAUGGACAAGAUAGGAAGGAUCAAAAUUAUAGGUGGUUCUAUGCUGAUAUCAGCAGUAUGUACGUUCCUCCUGCUCCUCAGCUUCAGUCAGGGGGCAGUUAUAUUAUUUCAGUGCCUUUUCUACGCUACCAGCGUCGCGGCCUGGAACGGACUGGAGGUUAUCACAGUAGAAAUCUACCCUUCUGCUAAAAGAUGCACAGCGUUCGGAGUGCUGAACGGUACCUGUAAGCUGGCAGCCAUUAUUGGCAGCGUCAUCUUUGCCAAGUUCAUCGGCAUCACAAAGAUCAUCCCCAUUUUCCUGGCGUUCGCGGCGCUGGCCUGUGGAGGUCUGCUGGCCACCAAACUGCCCGACACACGGGAGAAGAUCCUGGAGUGAAAACAGCUAAACAUCUACAGCAUCAAGGGUUGUAAAAUUCCUGUGACUUUCCACAGGUUCUCAAAACAUCUUGGUGGGAGGAUUCCCAGACUUCCUGCUUAAACGUGGGAAUUUGGGGAAAGUUAGUGGAAUUUUGCAAACCUUUACAACGUCACGGCCAAAUAAAGAUGUCUGUACAUAUAGGUUGGUUAAGUUAGGAGAGACACUUCCACAGAAUAGGGGAGGGGCUUUCUGUUCCCAUGGUGAUGUAUAGAACGCACGGUACCCUCAUCAAGACAUGCCACCAUUUUACAUUGUUUGAUAUUGUGUUUUUCUUCUUCUGUACACCUCAAAACACCACCCGGGUAGAGCAGAACAUGUCACUCUGUAUUUGGUAUGUUUUAAAAUGUGUUUUAAAUUAUUUUAAAUGAAAGAAUACGAGAGAUGAGAAAUAUAUCUACUUGGAAGAUGACAGACAGUUUUACCAUGUUGUGCUUUGAUUUAAAACAAACUGUUCGGGAAAGGUAUUGGGUUGACAUUUGGGUUGGCAUUCAACGACGGCUAAGGUUUCAACGUAACGCUAUUUUACGAUUCAGAACCAAUUUUCCAUUGUCCUCCAUUUAUAUAUAUUAAUCCCUGUGUAUCGCUCAGCAUCUGGUCUUCAGCUCCUGUUGUAUCUAUUAACUUAACCAGGAUGACAACCUCUUCUGCUGUACAGUGGAUGCAUCUGUUGACGUACCAAUAUGUUUGUUGUGUUGUUUGUGUUCAGUCUCUCCUUUUCCAGAAGAGCUGUGUUCUAGAUACUGAUUCUAUUAAAUCCUGUCUAGUUUGUGUUCAGUCUCUACUUUUCCAGAAGAGCUGUGUUCUAGAUACUGAUUCUAUUAAAUCCUGUCUAGUCUG